CAGGUUUACAUUAACAUGCUACCAGCUGCUAAUGUUAGUAAAGCAUGGAAGAACAUAUCUCCCCAUUAAGGUGUCUUGACCUAUCACAUAUUCAAUAUGUUUAAAACAUAAAUUAAAAUAUAUUAUAACAAGAUACGAAGUUUCUGGGACAUUAUACCUGGAGAAAUUCUGAUUUUAUACUAUUCUGGGAAUCUACUAUUCAUAAAUAUGAACAUUUACCCAAAUACAAGUUUUCGCAUAAGUCUUUAAAGCGGCUUUAAGGAGAAUCAUCGCAACAAAAUCGAAAUCCCGAGCUAAAUUUGAUACCGUUUAUGUAGUGAGCGCAUAAAGCGAAGCAGCAAAUCCCGAAAAUAUACGAGAAAACAAUUAGCGAAACGGGCCAUCCAGCCGCUUCGCCCCAUCAGUCGUUUUCAUUUCUAUUCCGGGUCCAUAAUAACAUCGAGUGAGUGAGAUUUAACGACGAACCCGCGGGUGGGAAGAGGUGAAGAGAGGACUUGUUGCAAUUUCCCUGGGAUGCGCUGUACCCAGCAGUAAGCGGUAAAUCGCAGAAUCAAUCCGUCAAAUAGCGACAUAACAAACGGCCUGCUCUGGCCGGGGCAUUUUACCCUCUCUAUCUAACUAGUAACUAUAUCGGAACAAAACUGUUUUGUCCUCCCUCUAUACCCUCUCGGCAGCAAUUAAAUCGUCGCGAAUGUAACACGAGACGCUGUAUUUCUGAUGAAAAUUUCAAUUGGAAAUUCCGUUUUUUUAGGCGAAAAAAUCAUCUCGGGUUUGAGUGUGUGUUCGGUAUAGUGUACGGGGAAUUUCCACGUGUUUUCCGCGUCUGUUUUCAUUCAGGCCGACAAAGGAUGGGGCGAAGCCAUUUAUAUUGAUUUUUCUCACUGUGAUAAAGUGCUCGCUACGACGGCGUACGUAGAAAAAACUUGUUGAUCUCUUCCGCGAACUCCUCUGUGUUUGUGUGUUGGCGCGCGUUGAUGCAAUUUUCCUUUGUUUGGAUCUCCAGGGCUAAUCCAUUAUUUAUUGCACGAUGCAUUUUUGAUCAUCCAUUUUACAGAUUGUUAUUUAGCAUAGUUUAAAUCUUACUACUACAAAAACAAUUAUGGAAUAUCCGGAUGAACCUCUAAACCUCACCGUAAAAAAAAUGCCGAUCGCCAUCGUCGCACCGUUUUCACGCACCGAACCAGUUACCACCGAAAAACUAUCCGAAAACAAUAACGAAACUAAAAUUGACAAUCUUAACAAGAACCUCGCCGAAUUUCCCCAAGAUCUAUCUUUAAAAAAUAAGAAAAAAUCUUUCGUCGAAGACCAGUGCUUGGAUCUGACAAAAAAUAUGAUCAUGAAUAAUAAAAAUGUGUCUCCUAGCCCGAGCGAAGAGCUAAGAAACUACCUAAUGAAAAAUGAGGAGUCCAUGAAUUGUUACAAUAGAAACGUUUACAGUCCCUCUCAAAGCGAUUCAAGUAGUAGCAAAGAUAAAGCAUCACCUGAUAUUUAUUCUUUCAUGAACACCCUGGACAAUAAGCUGCUUACUGCUUGGUAUAUGAACUCAAUAAUGGCGCAGCCACAUCAGUUUGUUGGUCAACCAAAACCGGCAUUUGACAGUAGUAAACCUAACAGUCCUUCAUCAAACAGGAUUUUGAAUAAUCUCUUGGAGAAGAAGCCGUAUACGACUUACUCGUUUCCUAGUGGUUUUGAUGCAUUGAUUAAAAAUGAGAUGAGGGAGGAGGAAAAGGAUCUUAAAUCACCUCCUGGCAUUGGGUGAGGAUUAGAAUUAUUAUA